AAGCUGGAUCAGUGUGUAGGGAGGGCAGUCAUCACGCCAUCCUAAGCAGCAAGAGCUGACGUUGGACGAAGCUGCCAGGUAGCUGAAAAAAGACACAGAAGGCAGCUGAUACCCACUUUUCAACGUUUUCUUUUUUUUUUUUUUAGUCUGAAUCUGGACUUCAAGCAACACAGCGCCUGAGACAGCUCAUCUGAACCACACUGUAUUGCAAUACUCGCUCUUCCCAAAGAAAAAGACUCCACUGAGUAGCAGAAUGCUGCCAGUGUCGCAGCUAGGGCUACAAUACAGAGCCUUUUUGUAACAUUUUAAAAUCUCUUUCUGUUCAUACAUUUAGAGAGACAUACAUACACCCAUAUAUCAGUUCUUCCUUUUUUGAGGGCACCUUUGGCUUUUGUUACCCUGAUGUGACUUCUUCUUCGUCUUGGAAUGAUGGGGAUCUUUCUAGCUUAUGUUGGAUUCAUUUUCUUUUCAGUUAUGUAUAUUCAACAAGGACUUUCUACCCAAGCAAAAUUCACUGAGUUUCCCCGAAAUGUCACGGCCACUGAAGGGCAGAAUGUGGAGAUGUCUUGUGCUUUCCAAAGCGGCUCCGCUUCGGUGUACCUCGAAAUCCAGUGGUGGUUUCUGCGGGCGGCUGAGGACCAAGAGGCUGGAGCAGAGGUGACAGGCACUCAGGUACUGAUCCUCUGCCAUGGGGUCCCCAAACCACCCGGGACAAAUUUGCAGACAGUGAAAGUACAAGGGAAUGACAUCUCCCACAAGCUGCAGAUUUCAAAAGUGAGGAAAAAGGAUGAAGGCUUGUAUGAGUGCAGGGUGACCGAUGCCAACUAUGGAGACCUUCAGGAAUACAAGGCCCAGGCAUUUCUCAAAGUCAACGCUAACAGCCACUCUCGGCGAAUGCAAGCCUUUGAAGCAUCUCCAAUGUGGUUGCAAGACAUGAAACCUCGCAAAAACAUCUCAGCAGCUGUUCCAAGUAGCAUCCAUAACUCUGCCAAUCAGCGUGUGCGUGCCACCUCCAGCCCUGAAGCAGCAGCCAAAAUCCCCAAACAAAGUCCACAAUCAGCAAAGAGCAAAUCGCCUGUAAAAUCCACGGAGCGGACAGCAAAGUUGACCCUAACCUCCAACCACCACUCUGCACCCAAUGUACUCUAAAUCUCUACACAAGGAGCACCUUCUUCAGGAAGUACAAACAAAAAUACUAAAUAAAUUAAAUAAAUAAAUAAAUAUUAAAAGAAGAGGAUACCACCUGUUUUCUUGAUAUAUUUUAUUUUCUUUGGCGUAUCAUUGAUCUUUUAUUUGAAGAGAACUGGUGUGAUGUAAUCAAACGUUUUGUAACAGCAAGACCUAGUUUCCUUUUCUUUCGGCAAGGAGAAGCUUCAUCCUUGACUUCUCAGGGGUUGGCCUGCGAGUCAUCAAUAUUACAGAAUUAACCAUGGAUGACAUUUGGUUUCCUAUGCUGAAAGAACCGUUCCAGCCUGGAAGCAAACAGAGGCCAAAUAAUGAAACAAAACAUAGUGAUUUAACAUCGACCCCAAUAAAACACCCCACAAACCUUAUCAAAAAACUUUUUUUUUUUUUUUUUUUUUUGAGGAAUAGGGAGGAGAAAAGAAAUUCUACAAAACUGCUAAGCAGACCAGAGAUGUUUCUGGAAAACAAAUGAGGAUAUUUUUCUUUUGAGUUGUUUGGGGUUGUUUUUUAUUUUUUUUUUUCCCCGUGGGUUUUUUCCCUGUCUUUUUUUGUUUGUUUCUUGUUCAAUGGUGGCAAUUACUGACUUAGGCCAACCCCUGAUGACUGCGUGGAGGUUUAUAUAUAUACAUCUUUUUUUUUUUUUUGUGUGCGUUCUAUAUUUCAGUGUGUUUUCUCUAAUUUUGCAACUCCUGUAUAUGCAAAACUAACUUAAAUUCUGUAAAUUGCUUACAGUCUGUGUGAUAUAACUUCAGAGUAGACAUACUUUGGUCCUCAUGCAAGCCAGUUUUUAAUAUUAUCUAUAUGUCGUGCCACCAAUAGACAUCUUUAUUUCCUUUUUUGACAAAACAUCACUUUUUAGUUUGUAAUUCAGUACUGUGUGGAUUUUGUAAUACAUACCUUCACUUCCACUGUUUUGACCCCUUUCAGCCCUCUGUUUACUCUGUAAAUGCACAUUAAAAUUUGUUAUGGUCUCUAGACAAUGAAUUAUUUUAGUUUUGUGUAUGUUGUGUUGGAGUUCAGUUGCUGAAAGCUCUUUUAGUUUGUGAUGUUUAUAGAGAUGAAGUGAUUUGAUCACUAGAGACUAUAAAAUGCAGGUUUGCAGUCAAAUACUGCAUGUAAAGGAAGGUUAGAAGCGGAAAACAGACAAAUAAAACAGAACAUGGCUUAAAAGAUAUUCUUUUGGUAAAGGGCUUUAGGAAAGUGAAUUUAUUACACUGAUAAACUAUAUUCACAUCACAGCUCCUUAUACAUGGCCAAAGAAGCGUCUUUCUUUGCUUUUUCUGGAAGUGGAUUGUCAUUACUCAUUGGUAUUCUUAAUUAAAAUAUUUUAUGUCUGUGAACUGAA